CCUAGUUUUUUAUUUUCUGGGUUGGGGUUUUAGCAGAAAGAGCAAAAGGUUUUAGAGCUAUAAGAGAAGACAGGUAGAUAAUUCGUUGCUUGAAGAUAGAGAGGAAUUUGUUCACUCACAUUGACUUCGCAAAGAGGGAAGGUUGUUGAGGAAUGGAGAGUGGCAGUGGCUAUAGCAGUAACAACAGCAUUGUUGUGGCCAAUCAGAGCAAGCCUUUACUAGGAAUCCGAAUAGAAAAUCCCUUUACUUUCAAAGUCUUUCAAGUAUUUACCGGCUUUGGCUUCGGUUGUGGUGUUGGUAUUGGCGUUGGCCGACCCGUAAAUCUUGGUGCACUACCAAUGGUAGGCCAAUUUAUGAGUGCAGCCAGAGGUGCAAUUGAUCCCUUAUCCGGUGCUAGCAGGCAUGUAAAUUAUGCUUUGCGGAAGAUGGGAGCUAAAGGAAUUGAAGUAGGAAUUGGAUGUGGAGUUGGUUUUGGCCAUGGCUUUGGAAUUGGUCUUGCUGUGAAACCUGGGGUGGUGCAGAAGAUUCAACUCUGUCUCAUGCAAGUGAUGACAAAGAUGAUGGUGAAAUUCGGAAUGACACCCAAUCUAUCAAUUGGUCAAGGUGCCCUUCCAAUGUCGCUGCAAAGUGGCUUGAGCUCAGUGAAUGGACCCUCAAUCCAAAAUCCAUUGGGAAGUAUCACACAACUCGCAACAACACGUCCUGAAAGCAUGCAGGGAUAUAGUAAUAUGAGUCCACAUCCAAGCUAUGAAAGCUCCAUGCAAACAAGCAGUCUAGUUGACACACCUUUUGGUAGAACGGAAAAGGUCAUUAGCAGUUUUCUACACAAUCCAAUUCUGAAACAAGAUGACAAAAAUCUAGAUCAAGUGGACAGACGCUUGCAUUCUGAAAAUAACCUGCUUCAAAUGGUUUUAAAACACCAGCAAGUCAUUGAAGAGCUUAUGCAGGAGAAUGAGAAGCUUCGUCAAAUACUAGUGGAAGACCUGAAAAUAUCACCCAGCAAGCUCCAUUCCAGUUACUCGCCUAGAAAUAAAUCUGCUUGUGCUGAUUGUUUUGAGUGCCGAAGAAAACAAAGAAAGAGUAGAUGAAGUUAAUAUAAAUAUCACCGGAGAAGGCAUUCAAGUCUGGACGUCUAAGAUUUUAACUGAUGAUGAACUUUAUGACCCUGGCUUUUGUAGAUUUCAUUUGGCUUGGCCAUCCUAGCAGGACAAUAAUCUGGAGCUGUCAAUUAUACCUUGAAAGAUUAAAACAUGAAGACAGAUACAGAUUACUUGUGAAAAAUUGAUCCAGUUGGUUAAAAUAUUGAAUAUACACACAUUUGAAGAGCCCCUGGAGUCAAGCCGGAAGGUAACCUGACACUUCCAUUUCUGAGGUUUCCUUUUUCACUUUUAUUUGUACAUAUUUGUUAAGCUUCAACCUUGCAAAGAGCUUUUUUUUUUUCCCUUCCUUUUUCAAUGCCAGUGGAUCAUCUGGGAUUUAAUUUUCUUUAAUGCACGUAUAUCAUAACAUUAAUAUCCUCUCCUGCUUUCUCUUUCUC